AUGCUCUCAACGAUCACCAAAGCAACAGCUCUCCUGACACUUUUGCCCUCGGCAACAUUGGCACUUCCUGGCACACAUCUUGACGUGCCUUGGAAAGAGAUUGGUAUCUACUCUGGCUCUGUGGCGAAGAAUGUUGCAAAGAGGGAUCACGGCUAUCCAACUGGGUGCAACCAUGGACCAGCGGCGAGAUCCUGCUGGAAAGACAACUACAAUGUCGACACUGACAUGGAUCUCGAAUGGCCCACCACUGGCGUAAUCAGAAAGUACCACCUUGAGAUCACAAACGUCACAAUGGCGCCAGACGGUUUUGAGCGACCUAUGUCCGUGUUCAACGGCCAAUAUCCAGGACCAACCAUCGAGGCAGACUGGGGUGAUGAGAUUGAAAUCGCAGUCACCAGCUAUCUCGAGAACAAUGGAACCGGUGUGCACUGGCACGGACUACGCCAACUUGGUUCCAACGAGAUGGACGGCACCAACGGCAUAACUGAAUGCCCCAUUGUGCCAGGCGGAACCAAAGUUUACCGAUUCAAGGCUACGCAAUACGGCACCUCGUGGUAUCAUUCGCAUUAUUCAGUCCAGUAUGGUGAUGGUCUUGUCGGCCCCAUCAUAAUCCAUGGCCCGGCAACAGGCGAUUACGAUCUCGAUCUUGGAGUCCUACCAUUCAGUGACUGGUUCCAUGCUACCACCUUCACAGUGAAUCACGCGACUCUUCAUGCAAAGGGUCCGCCAACUGCAGAUAAUCUGUUGGUGAACGGUUCUAUGACGUCAAGCUCUGGAGGCCAGUAUGCAGUCACAACCUUGACCCCCGGAAAGACUCACCGACUUCGUCUUGCCAACAUGGGCAUCAACAACUGGGUGCAUGUUGGCAUUGACGGCCAUCCUUUUACAGUAAUUGCAGCAGAUUUCGUUCCUGUUGAGCCAUUUCAGGCUACUUCUCUUAGCAUUGCAGUCGGACAACGAUACGACGUUAUCAUCAACGCAACCCAGCCUGUUGGUAACUACUGGCUUCGCGUAGGCACAGGUGGACGCUGUGACGGCCCGAACGCGAAUGUCGCCAACAUCGGUAGCAUCAUUCAUUACGCGAGCGCCGAAGACGCCAACCCCAACUCCACAGCUGCCGCACCUUUACCCGCUGGGUGUUACGAUGAGCCCAUCGUCCCUUACGUCAAAACGCAUGUGCCUCAGCAGGUGCCGGAGGAGUUGAAGCUCUCGUUCACUGACACCGGGGGUUUCAACAGCAGCGAUCUUGUCCAGUGGAAGGUCAACGAUGUGCCCAUGCUAAUCGACCUCGACAAGCCGACUCUGCAGACUAUAUUUGAAGGAUUCACUGCCAACCAGACCUGGGGUCGGACUGAAAAUGUCAUCGAAGUCGGUAACAAGGGCCAUGCAUGGCAAUAUUGGGUCAUCCAGCAAGACAACGUUACCACACCCCCUAUUCCUCAUCCCAUUCAUCUGCACGGCCACGACUUCUUUGUCUUGGGGCAGCAAGCGAAUGCUAUAUGGAACGGAGAUAUCUCGACUCUGAACAUGGACAACCCGAUCCGACGUGACACUGCCACGCUUCCUGCGCUAGGCUAUCUCAUCCUUGCAUUUGAGUCCGACAACCCUGGAGCAUGGCUGAUGCAUUGCCAUGUCCCGUUCCACGUAUCUGGAGGUCUUGGCGUCCAGUUUAUUGAGAGGAAGUCGGAGAUUCUCGCGACCAAUAGUAAACUUGGUGCUAUGCAACAGGGUUGCGUAGAUUGGCAGAAGUACCACGCCGAGCACUGGCCCAAUGGUGUUCUUAUCGAAGGUGACUCAGGACUAUAG